AAAUGAUCAGCCAUGGAUUCGCACGGUCUUGAAAGAGCGUCACAGUACCUGAAUAAUCUCCUGCUCGCCCGUGGCCUUCUUUCUAAUGGCAAACCAAUCGACUUUGCCUGUCCGGACCGUAACGGCCGUGGCACUGAUGCGACGAUGUCGAGAGUCAUCAACCUUGUCCACGAUCUGGUCCUCCGGCGCGACCAGGAUGCCGAACAAAGAGAAAGUCUUGCUAUGAAUAUCCGCAAAACCCGAGCGGACGAAACUCAGCGCCUACUCGAUCUGCAGCGGCUACAGGACAGGAAUGCGGAAUUGGCACGAGAAGCAGCUUCUGUGGAGUCGCAGGAGCGGACGUUGAAAGCUGCUGCGCGCAGAGCAGAAUGCCAGGCGAAGGAGCUAAAGGAGCAGAUGUUGAAGAUGAAGUCCACGCUGGAUCAAGUGCGUGCCAAAUGUCUGAGUGACGUGCGCAAAAGAGAUGUUGAAUUGGACAAACUGAAGGCCCACCUUACAGGUUUGCAGCGUGGAAAGAAAGACGCAUCGGGCAUGCGAAUCAAUAUCAUGGGGUGGGAAUCAGAGGCCAAGCCCAACGAGAGACGCAACGGACAAGAUGUCAGCAGCGCAGAAUGGAGUCUGGAAAAAGAGACCAACGACUUUCUGGCGGCUUUGGUCGAAGAAACAAGCACAGAGAAUGUCUCGCUAAGGAGAAUCGUGAUCGAUACAAUGGAGAUCCUUCGAGAUCUUACAGGCUUGGAAGAAACCGUUUCGGGUCAGGCGGCAAAGCAGGACGACGAAGACGGCAUCGGUGUUCCAGGGCAAUAUCGAAAGUCGAGAUUAAAAGCUGCUCAUUCGCCAGACAAUCUGGCAUCGUGUAGGGCGUUGGCAGAACAGAUGACUUCAAUAUUGGAGCAUUGCCAGACGAUAUUGAAAGAUCCUUCAUUUGUCCCCAUUGAGGAAGUUCAGGUUCGCGAUGAAGAAAUUAUACAGUUGAGGGUUGGCUGGGAGAAAAUGGCAACAAGGUGGAAGGAGGCUGUUACAAUGAUGGACAACUGGCGCCGGAAGACGAUCCAGGACGGCGAGAACGUGUCCAUGCCGGAUAUUCCAGAUUUGGAGCUCGGCAAGAGUGUGGCAAUGCUGCCCAAUGGUCGACCUAUAUUCGGUACCGAUGAAGAGUUGCCAUCAAUACUAUCUGAACACAGCAAGCUCGACCACGGCGACGAGGAAGCACUCCAUGGAGAGCAACAAAGCAAGCCUAGCAGUAACAGCGUCAAAGCUGAGAGCCCAGAGUCCGUCCUCAACAUGCCACUAGAACCGACCCCGAAGCGAAGAGCAUCGGCUGCUCGCAGAGCAGGGCUGAGCAUUGGAAGACCGGUUCGACCGUUGCAACCCAUCGACCACAAUCUGACUCGGUCCCCAAAACGCAUCACAAGCCUGGAAAACCUUUUAUUGCCUGGCAGCGAUUCGGGAAUCGGAAGUUUGGACACCAGAUUGGACAUAGAAAACGAUCCAGGUCGCCAUCUGGGGGAUCCGCGACGGGACAACGAACAUGACAAGCACGCCUCGACCAUUCCAGAAAAGCUGGCAGCCGUCGAAGCAGAGGCAAUGGAAGCCCAACAGCUCGCGACCCAGGAUUCGAAGAAAAGAAAGUAUGGGACAAGAAGUAAGACUAGGAAGGGGUCGAGAAGGAGAAGUACAUUAAGCCCUGAUGAGCUUGCUGACUUGCUGGGUAUUUGAAAGUCAACCGUAAGCGUCAUCG